UCGUACCCUGCUCCCUGUAUGCUUCUGAAGAUUCUGAUCGUGCUUGCUUCGUUUUCAAAUUUGAAUCUCGUCCAAUGCUGGUGCACAAGAUCGGUCGAUUGUCGUACUGCUCUCGCUGGUUCCGUACAGAUUCUCUUCGUCCCAACGAAAUAUCAAUACCUGAUGUCGCAGGAACUCCAGCCUGCCUGUGCCUCAUCUGAAAAUCGUACGCUCAUCAUUGUAUUGUGAGAAAGGAGCCACGCUUAUAUUUCCGCUCGUCGUGGAGCUACCUUUUUUACCUUAGCGUCCGUCACUUUAUUUCACUCGACGACCUCUUUUUCUUUCAUUUCCACAGGGAAGCUUACAGCACAUUUUUUUCGUGGAAAUAGAACAAAUCAUAAUCAACUACUUCCACGGCUGCAGAAAUAAACCUAUCAAUCUAUAUCAGUAUUAAAGUCAUGGCGUUGACGACAAGACCCCGUCAGACCCAGCGGCGGCAGGAUAUCAAAUGCAAAAAUGUCUGGGUCUGGAAGAAUGCAUGUGUGUCAUGCUUGUCUGGCAUGACUCUGAAAUCUAUCAUGCACGUUACCCAAGAGCUCCAUUGUUCUGUGAUGCAGAAACGCUGUUUGUCAUGCAGAAUAGGCAACACCUAGAAGCUCAGAAACUUGUCAUGCUGAGCCAGCACUUGUGGCCUCAUCAUGAGACGCCACCCAGCAUCACAAGUUUCCAGACCCAGACACUUUUACAUUUGAUACAGGAACGCCGCAAGCAGCUCCAAGGCGCACUGGAUCUGGAAGGUGGCAGGUUCCAUGAGCUGCCGAACGUGCGCCGGUAUUGUGAGGAAAAAUCCCCCCUCCCCAUAUCAAAACGAAGUUUCUGAUGCUGGAUUUGCGUACACAGAUCAGAUUUGUCUUGCUAGAGAGGACUGCAGGCUAUGCUGACCCUGAGUAGGGAGGUUUUGGGCUAGGCGCUGAGCAUGGCAAACGUCUAGUCUGUAGGGCCACCAGCAUCACAAACCGCCUGCAGAACGUGGCGGAGCCUGCGGGGUUGCGUUCUUGCAAGACAGAGACGAUUUGUGGUCACAAAUCAGCAUUACAAAUUUCUUGAGACGUACCUUUUCGAUAUGGGGAGGGGGGAUUUUUCCUUUUGAUAGCCGGCCGGUGGAAUUCCCGACCCGGCGGCCGUUGAAGGAAUUCCGCCCGGAAAAAGCCUACGACCUGUCGCUGAUCCCCGUCGAGAAGGCGCCGAGAGACCUGACGCAAGUGGUCGCCGUGGCAAAGGAAGGCGGUGCAUUAAAGAAGACCACAGAGCAGGGUGAAAAGAACAUGAACAACAGCCUGGGCCAAAAACAAGAUUCGUCUGUAGUUUCCACAGCCGACGCUUCCACGAUGGCGGACGAGCCGGUGCGGCAGCGGCUAUCCGAUUACGAGAAGCGGCUCUUUUACUUGGGGAAAACAGCCAAGGAGAAGGCGCUACUGAAAGCAGCUGCAAAAGGAGAGGACGAUGGAAGAACCUCCAAGCGGGACCACGGGGAUGAAGGAACAAAUGAGAAGAAAAAGCAGGCGAAUAGUAAACCUAGAAAUAUUUCGUGCUGUUGCUGCAACCUGAGCUGUUGCUGUUGCGCGAAGUCGUUUUGCGGGCUGAUUCUGCUGCUCUUUUUGGUGUUGUUAGUCGACGAGUUUCUGUUCUUUCUAUGCAUUGCAAAAGUAUCGUACUAGCACAAAUUGCAUUACAAAUUUUAUCAGAAAGAAAAAUGGAAUUUGUAAUGCUAGUUGAGGUCGUAAAAAGAUAGGUUUGUCAUGCAAGAUUGCAAUUAGUACGAGUGCGAUACUUUUGCACAGGAUACUUCCACGGCUACUACGAUGUGUGGUUCUACGGGGGAAAAAAAAAGUACGAUUACUACCAGAUCAAGCGGAUCAAAACCUACCCGUCGGGAUACCAGGAGGAAGAGCUGUACUACGUCCGCCGGGGCCGCCAGAACGGGGAGGAGGAAUACGCUCGGGCUGAGGACUUGGAAUACGACGCGCGGACGAGGGAUUACUACCACAAGACCAACUACAAUUUCGACUACGAUGAUCGCGGAGCAGGAGCUUCAGACUACUAUCAACGAGACCGCGCUUCAUCUUCUAGACAAGGACAGCACAACAUCAACUCGAGAUCAUCUACUGGUACUGCUUCCCCCGACGAUGUGAAGCGGCCGACCAAGGUGCAGGAGGCGAAACACGCCGCGGCCAGGCAAAAGCAACGUGAAGGGUCGCACGCAUUCGCGAAGGAAGUGGGGCGACAGGGGAGUGAGAUCGCAAGGGAAAGAGCAAGCACAACGGCGGCGGUUAUGGGGGACAAAAACCAAAAAAAUGAAAAUCCUGGUGCAGCUCCUGGGUUUGUGCAGAAGAAGCAGGAACAAGAACGCGAUGAUCAUGUCGGGCAGAAGCAAGAAAACGAAAUUUACCAGCAGACCACAACACCAACUUCGUCGUCCACGUCUUCUUCUCAGCACGGGGACCACACUAGUAGUUCUGUUGACAGCAAAGUUUCGCCGCCACAUCCACCGCCCCCACAAGAACUUGCUCCGGGGAGAAAUGAUCAAGACGGAGCACCCGCAAAAAUGACUGCCUCAAGCGUGCAAGGAAGCAUUCCCAAAGAUCAGGAGCAGAAUCAUGAGGCGGGGAAAGUAUCGCAGCAGCAUCAAGUACAAGACCCGGAGGAGCAGCCGAUGAAGCAAGAAAAUGGACAACAUCAAGAAGAAAAAAAAUCGGAAAAUGAUGUCAAAACCACACCUUCUUCUUCUUCGAUUUCCAGUACAACCACGACCGUGGGUUCUUCUGUAAACAAGGAUCCGACGACGUCGUCCUCGACCUCGUCCAAGGGCAAAAGGCCCGGGACGUGGCUCGAAGGGAAGAGCAAGAUGUUUCGGGAUUCCGGCACCGACGAAGACGAAACCAGUGAGGACGACUUGGCGCUGUUCAAAGACGACGCUGACGCGUUUAAAACUACCGAAAAUUAUCCGCACCAGCAAGGAACUACAAGCGGCAAUCUCGAUGAAGAUGGCUUCGCCUUCGGCAGCAUCGACGACGAUGAUUUUAUGGCCCAAGUGGACAUGUCGGGCGACUUCCACCUGGAGAUUCAGCCGCAAGCGGAAGGCGGGGCGAUGAUCCGCUUCAAAAAAUCUGCUUCACCGGGGGCCGACCAAGGAACUAUAUCUUCAAGCAACAAGAAGGAGAAAAACGAUGACGACCGGCUUCACCCGUGGGCGCCGGGCAGCUUCUCCUCGUCGGGAGGAGGUUCUUCUGGAAGAAGCUCUGGAGGUUCAUCUUCGACUACAUCUACUUCCGGCACUACUGGUGGUCGGAGUAGAAGUGCUGGUCUUUUUCGGGGCCCCGACGGGGAAGAUGAGGAGAGCAGCGACCGGGGGGCCGCGGAGGCGGAGCUGCUGCCCUCCCUCGACGCGUUGUUCGGUCUGAUGGCCGAUGCGGAUGCUGAGGAAGAUCCUGCGAAGCGGGAGCAGAUGAUGGCGCAGCUGUUCAAGGAGCUUGGCAUCUUGGAAGUGGAAGAACGCAGCCGGGAGGCGGAAGGAAAGGAAACAACAUCGACGACGAAAACUACGGCCACCUCCAACUCUAAAAACGGAGGUAGUGGAGGUACAUCGCGUACGGCGCAAACGGAGGUGAAGGAGCAAAAAGACCCGCGGCCCUCGUACAACGAGGCGGGCGUGAAAGUUCAGCAGGACAAACCUGCUGGGGAACGUCAAAACAAGAAGAAUUGGGGAGAGGCGACGAAGCCAAGAUCGAACCAAAACAAGCCGAAAAUGACGCAGGAUGACUGGACGUUUCUGAACAUAUUCGGGGGGUUGUGAGUUCUUGCGAUGGAUUUGUUGACUCGAUUUAUUUUCAGUCGCUGUCUGCUCCGAUUGUUGUUGUUCAUUUAAUAUGUAUGAGGUGCUGCUGGUCGCAGUUCUCAAAAGGCAGGUGUCCAUUUUUACCGCACAGUAUAUUCUCACGCAGGUUUACAUAUUAUUUACUUGGAAAGUUCUAUUUGAAUUUACUUAGAAAGUUUGUAAUCAGUGGUCACACAAAUAAGUAUCAGUAUCAGAUUUAUUUUUGAGACGCAUUUACUCCACAGUAUUGCCUUCAUGAUUUGAUUACAUUUUGCAUAGCAGGAUCGUUUGUCUUGGAUUACAUGGAGUCACACUAUUCUUGAAUCAUCUUAACAGGCCCCGAAAAGAAGAGCCGCAUACUUACAGAAGGGAGUCCGAAAUGUCAGUGCGGCGAAAACGAAAAUAUGUAUAUAAAAUUUUCUCUUUUCGACAAAAGUUUAGAAACGCACUCCGAUUGAGAUUUACCAUGUCCACAUUUACCUCUGAGUUUGUUUUUUUGCAGCAGCCCUGCAAUUUUUUGUUUUCGCAAAUAAUGCAGCUUAUGAUGUGUGCCCGUUUCGCGCGGGCGUGUAUCAGUUUCUUUCAUUUUCACCGUGCCGCUCCGCACACGAUUAUGAUUACAAAUUUUCAACAUUUUAGAAAAAAUUCUUACUAAAUGCUACAAUCCUAGCAUAAUUAUGAUUGUCUCAUAGCAACAGGACUACCGUGCCCAAGAAGUCGCGGAAGUUUUGAUGUUUUCAGUUUUUACCCCGCCAAAAAAGAACAAGGCCCGAAUUUCACCAUGACUUUCCCAACCUCCAUGUUUCUGAUUCUGUUUGAAAAGAAAACAUUUCGGGGAAGAACAAGGGAGCAGAAGGACAAUCAAACCCCCACAUGCACAUCAAAGUCAAACCCCCACAUAUCUCAAUGUUCAACACUUCUGCUACACCAGCAGGUACUUCCGUGCAGUAGAUGAGAGGACCUCCAGCACGACCCGCGCUG